GCCAAAUGUUCGUCAACAUCUGGUAGACGAACUGGCUCUCAGUCAUCUUGCGUGUCAUGCAUGUCAUGUAUGGCAAGUCCAGGCCCACCAUAUUUGCUCCCGAAAUCGUCAUCAUCCACAAAAUGUUCAAGCGCUUCCAGAAUCUCAUGCGACCUGGUGCGUUAUUGAGAAAUAGAAAAGGGAAGAGAGUCAGCUUCCAUGAUCAGCUCAAUCGUCUUUCGAAAGAAUGGGCGACUGGUGAAGCUGGACCCUCAUUUUCUCGGUACCUUCUCGAGAAUCAGUCUUCGCACAAGCUUUCGGACGAAGAAAUGGCCUAUCUCGCCGGUUCGCUCUUUAGCGCCAGUAAUUAUGGUUGUCGUCAUCUGCUGCAUGCUAUCCCAAGGUGCAGGAGAAAGUGCAAGAGGAACUGGACACCAUCAUUGGUCGUGACAGGUGUAGGUUAGCAUGUGAGCUCAUGAAACUCAGCCCGGUUAUCAUAGCUCCCACGUUGGACGACUACGGUUCCCUUCCGCAGAUUGAGGCGUUCAAGUUCGUACUGGUGUCUUCGCUGGAGAAAGU